UCUAAAACUGGAUACACCUGCACCACGGGUAUUUUACAGCAUAUAGGCUACAUCAGCGAACCCUUCGUAUUUUAUUCUGCUAAAAGUAACCAAACAUAUUAUUAUUUCUCGGUGCCAUGAGUACGGGACAUAGACUUUGUGAACUGACAACGGUGUCCUUGCAUGUCAAUGACCUGGAGACUAACUCUCAGCGUGACGACCCUUCAAAACCUCAAGAUCGAGUAAAUGUAAGUGAAGGCGGUGGGCUGUUUUUACACACCAAUGGCACAGUAAACGGAGAAUCAUCGACAAAUCCUGUGCGCAAAUUUGAGAAAUCGGAGAACCAUGUAGGCAGCGGUGCAGACUCUAUAUCGGCUUCAGUAGAAGCGAAACUGUGUCCUGUACAUGAACGCGAACUACAGUUGUACUGCAGUACAGAAGGACGACUGACCUGCUCGAAAUGUGUGUCGGAUGGAUCUUGUCAGGGUCACACGGUGACAGAGCUGGUUACUCGGGCAACUGUAGUAAAGAAUCAGUUGGUGGAUGUCUGCGAAAAAAUGCAGCUACAAGCCCUGCGGAUAGAACGAUUCAUUGACCGUACGCUUACAGCUAGAGAGAAAGCUGUACAGACAGAUGCAAACAGUGCAAGAGAACGCGUGUUGGCUCAGGUGAAUGUGGUUCGUGAUGCUCUUGAGGAGGAGGAGCAGCGUCUCCUAGAGGCUAUACAGAGAGAGGAGGAGCGAGUGGAGCAGUGCCUCCUCACUCAGAGAGCACACUGGACUCACACUCUGGAGAAACUCACACACACACGCACCAGCCUAGUGCACACACUCACACACUCGACAGAUACCAUGAUUGUGAGCUCUAAUGAGGAAAUAAAUGACAGAAUCGAGGAUGCGGAGGGUGUUGGUGAACCUAGAGACACUGAACAACUGACUUUGAACAGAGGCUGCAGUGACAGCAAACUCAUGGUGGGUUUCUGGGCCAGUGCGUUACUGCUAGGGUCAUCUGCCCACAGAUUAACUACACUACACUUUGAAGCUCAGACGGUCAGUCCUCUUCUCUCCCUCUCCAACGAUCAGUGCACCUUAACUUUCCUACCCAAACGUCAGCGUCAGUCACCCCCCUAUGACCUGGCGCGCUUCGACACCUGGCCCAAUGCCCUUUGCUCCCCUGCUAUGUCCUCUGGUACUCACAGCUGGGUACUUGACGUGGGCACGAGUGCUGCCUUCAAAGUGGGUGUAUGCUAUUCCAGCAUAGAACGCAAGGGGUCCGGCAAUGCUGCACGAUUGGGCUACAAUACAAAAUCAUGGGUGCUCUCACAUUAUGAGGGAGAUUUGUCUUUCUGUCAUGAUGGAUGUAAUGUGGGUAUCACAGUGGCUAAGAAGCUCAAGCAAGUGGGACUGCUGCUGGAUUGGCCCAGUCAGACCCUGCUGUUCUAUGAUCCUGAAUCUAUGUCUGUGCUGCAUGUAGUCAGACAUGCUUUCAGUGAGCCGCUGCUGGCCGCCUGCGCUGUGGCUGAUCAGAGUGUCUCUAUAGUGCACUGAACACCCGAUGAAUGUUAAUAAAGGCUCUGAAGAUCCAGGGGACUUGAAGGAAUAGUGGAUGUGACAUUAUGCAAUGUCAUUUGAACCAAUGAUCAGUUUUUUAAAUGUUUUACAUUAUCUGUGCCAUUGAAGACCAAUUUAUGCAAAAG